AUGUCCGAGGGUGGACCGCCGCCGGGCGUCAAUAUGCCGAAGAAGCGUGACCCACGCCUUCGCGGUGUGCAGCAACCGCCGCAGAAACAAUUCUUUGACUCGGCGGACUACGAGGUGCGGAAACAGCAGCAGCUCCAUCAGCCGCAGCAGAAGCCGGGAGGAGGCAUUCCGAGGCAGGCGAAAGCACUCCCCUCUCCACCACCUUAA